AUGAAUGAGAAAUCCGCAAAUUCGAGUUACAUCGAGUUAUCCAGUUAUGGCGGGGCCAAAAACUUAGAAAUGGGGUAUAAUCUCGACACACCGGCAACUCGGUGGUUAAAUUGGUUAGAACGAAACAAGAUCGAGAAAUGGUCAGCAUUAAUAAUCACAAUCUUUGGAAUUUACGUGAGGUGUGCGGUAGGACUAAGUCCUUAUUCAGGUUAUAAUACUCCACCCAUGUACGGUGACUACGAGGCACAAAGACAUUGGAUGGAAACAACGUUACAUGUUCCAAUAAAUCAAUGGUAUUACUAUGAUUUGGAAUGGUGGGGACUCGAUUAUCCGCCAUUAACAGCAUACGUGAGCUGGAUAUGUGGUAAAAUAGGUUCCAUCUUCGAUCCAGAUUGGUUUGCCUUAGAUCAAUCACGGGGUUACGAAAGUGAAAGCAGUAAAUUGUUUAUGAGAUCUUCAGUUUUGAUCUGUGAACUUUUAAUAUAUGUGCCAUCAGUGUUUGUGUUUAUCAAUUGGUGGUUUUCCGGGAGUUCGUGGAAGAGAAAAGGUUUGGCCUGGUUACUAAUACACCUACAACCGGCCCUGAUUCUGAUAGAUCACGGUCACUUUCAAUACAAUUCGGUGAUGCUCGGACUUACAAUUUGGGCAGUAAAUUGUUUUUUCUAUGACUAUGAUGUUUUAGGAAGCAUCUUCUUUUGUCUCUCAUUGAGUUUUAAACAAAUGGCGUUGUACUUUGCUCCUGCGAUUUUUGCGUAUUUGCUUGGAAAGUGUAUGAAUGGUCAUAAGAAUAACAAAGAAGGAAUGAUUCUUUUUGUAAAACUGGGCGUGACGGUCAUUGCAACAUUUGGGAUAAUCUUCUUUCCUUUCAUGGAUUCAUUUGAACACCUAUCCCAAGUGAUCUUGCGCAUAUUUCCGUUACAACGCGGAUUGUAUGAAGAUAAGGUUUCUAACGUCUGGUGUGCGAUGAAUGCUGUUAUCAAAUUACGGGAGAUGUUUCAAAUUCAGACCUUAACACGGAUAAGCCUUGUGACCACGUUAUUGGCGGGUUUACCAUCGUGCUUUCAUCUCUGGUCCUCACCCAACAAACGUGGUCUCAUUUAUGGUUUAACGAACUCAUCAUUGGCAUUUUUCUUGUUCUCUUUCCAAGUACAUGAGAAAUCCAUAUUGCUACCCGCCUUGCCCAUCACACUCUUGAUUUUGGACGAUCCUUUCUGGAGUUCGUGGUUUAAUAACGUCGCAAUGUUCAGCAUGUAUCCUCUAUUGAAGAAGGAUCGGUUGGUGUUGCCUUUUUUUGUUGUUUGGUUCAUGUGGAACUGGUUGGGUUCGUUUAUCCGACAAAAAACAAAGCCGAUUGUUUUCAAAUAUGCAUCUGUGGUGUCAUAUUUGGUGAUGACUGUCAUUUAUGUAAUGGAGUUCAACGUUCCACCGCCAGCGAGAUAUCCGGAUAUUUAUGUUGUCCUUAAUGUGACCUUUAGUGCAGCAAUGUUUCUCGUAUUCUUGAUUUACUUUAAUUAUAGGCAGAUCACAUUAAAUGAGAAUAAUCUUGUUUGUCAAAGGGAUAAAAAAAAAGCCGAAUGA